UUAAAGUUUGGUUAUUUUGCUUGCGUACUUAACACCAACACUUUGAGUACCAUUGCAUAUUGAACUGUCACCAUUCAAUAUAAGGAUUAGUCAUCAGCUGAAAUAUUUACUAAAAACAAUUUAUUUGGAUUAAUUUCGAACAGUUGUAGUAACACUAUAUUAUAGUUAAAUUAAAAACAAAUAUUACAAUGAAUCGACUGUUCGGAAAAGGCAAGCCCAAGGAGCCAGCACCAAAUCUAAACGACUGCAUCGCCGGGGUUGAUUCUCGUGCGAGUUCCAUCGAGGAGAAGGUGACAAAGCUGGAUAAUGAAUUGCGUAAAUAUCGCGAACAAAUGUCGAAAAUGCGCGAAGGACCGGCUAAAAACUCUGUAAAGCAGCGAGCUAUGCGUGUGCUGAAACAAAAAAAGGCUUAUGAACAGCAAGUUGAAGCACUACGUAAUCAGUCAUUCAAUAUGGAGCAGGCAAAUUAUGCUGCACAAUCGCUAAAAGACACACAAGCUACUGUAUCUGCAAUGAAGGAUGGUGUCAAACAAAUGCAGAAGGAAUUCAAGAAAGUCAAUAUCGACCAAAUUGAGGAUAUCCAAGACGAUAUGGCCGAUAUGCUAGAACAAGCAGACGAGGUACAAGAAGCUUUAGGACGUACAUAUGGCAUGCCAGAAGUUGACGAUGAUGAACUGCAAUCUGAAUUGGAUGCUCUAGGCGAUGAAAUAGCACUCGAUGAUGAUACCAGCUACUUGGAUGACAUGGUGAAAGCACCAUCAGCACCUGAUAAAGAACCGGGUGCCGAUAGUAUUAUACCCGGCAGUAAAAGUGGAAUUGAAACUGACGAGUUUGGCUUGCCUAAAGUACCCACUUCGGUUAAAACGUCUUAAACACCUUUAGUUCUUCUUGCCUCUCUAGCAAGAAUCUUAAAGCUAUAAUAAUUAAAAUGGAUUUUUUCAUGUGAGCUUUCUUAUAAACAUAUUUUUUUAGAAUUAUCAUUUAAUAAGCUUCAUAAAUAAAAACCAAGUUCGCUCCGUGCCUAUAUUUGAUUGGGCUGAACACCUCAGUUGGUAACUAAUAUUUUAUUUACGAGAAGGAUUACACUAACAUUCGUUUUAGCUAGUCUACCAUAAUAUCAUCUUAAUUAAAAGAAAUAAUAUCCAGCGUCUUCUGGUGUUUUAUUUAACAAAUCUAUUUUAAAUAAUUUUUAACAAAAACGCAUAUUUCAAAUGUUUAGUAUAUUGAGUGUAAAUAUAUAGUUAUAAGAGAAUAUUAAACAAUGCUGAUUGGCACAGUUGCAUUGAAAAGUAUGGCAAUAUUUAUGUGAAUUAUUUCGUUUACCCAUGUACAUAUUAAUAAAUAUAAUAUGUAGA